GAGUGAUUCCACUGCUAGGUGGAUUAAGGCAUGUGGUACAAAAAAUCAAAGAAAUGGUACACCUAUUUAUUUUUAUUGCAAUAGAAGUGGAAUGAGAAGAGUACUUGAUGCUGGUAAAAGGAAACGAGCCAUGAAGUCACAGGGUUCUUGUAAAAUAGACGCUUCUUGCACAUCUGCAAUUAUUCUCAAACAUGUGGCAGAGGGCAUCAAAAUAAAAUAUUUUAAGACUUACUAUGAUCAUGACAAAAAAUUGGCUCACAUUCCCUUAUCUACAGAUGAUAAAAAUAUGAUUGCUUCUCAGUUAAUACAAGGAGUUUCCCACACUGAGAUAUUAAAAAAAAUAAGACAGAGUGUUAAUAUUAACUUCGAAAGAAUACAUUUGACGACUAAGCACGAUAUUCACAGUAUCAUGCAAUCAUAUAAUUUGCAUGAUACAGCUAUAAGGCAUCAAAAUGACUCGCACAGUGUAGAUUUGUGGGUGAAUCAAGUACAAUCCAGCAAUGAAAAUUGCAUUUUAUUGUACGAAAAACAAGGAGAACAUCAUCCUAGCUUUUGUUUAAAAAAUGAAGACUUUUUAUUGGGUUUAAUGACUAACUGUCAAGGCGAGAUGUUAAAAAAGUUUGGAAGUGGAGGCAUCGUAUGCAUGGAUGCUAUACAUGGAACAAACCCAUAUAAUUUUAAGCUAGUUUCAAUUUUGGUGGUGGAUGAUUUUGGGGAAAGCUUUCCAGUUGCAUACUUAUUUUCAAAUAGGGAAGAUUAUGUAGUUUUAAAAUAUUUUGUAACUGCUGUAAAAGAAUCUGUUAGGACUGUUAGGGCUGCAUCAUUUAUGAGUCAUGAUGCAGAACAGUAUUUUACAGCUUGGCGCUCGGUAAUGGAUACUGUUGAAACCAAAAAACUUGUAUGCAUGUGGCAUGUUGACAGAGCGUGGAGAUCGAAAGUAAUAGCCAUAAAAGACAAAUCUAAACAAGCUCAAGUAUAUAAAAUGUUAUGCACCUUAAGACAAGAACCAGAUUUCACCAAGUUUAAUGAAUAUUUAAUAGGAUUUAUGAACGUAUUAUCAAAAAAUCCAGAUUUAAGAAUAUUUAAGGUCUAUUUUGAGAAAGAGUAUGUACCUAGAUGUUUAGUAUGGGCUGCUUGUUUUCGAGAAGGAGCAGGAAUUAAUACAAAUAUGUAUCUUGAGUCCAUGCAUAAAGUUUUAAAAUAUAUCUACUUGAAAGGUGUUGCUUGUAGAAGAUUGUAUAAAACGGUGCAUGUUCUAUUACAAUAUGUAAAGGACAAACAAUUUGAAAGAAUUAUCAAGUUGGAAAAAUCAAGUCACUACAAAAAUAAGCAGGAUCAACAGAAGCCAUAUCAAUGCAAUAAAUUCCACAAAUAUGAUGGUUUCUACUUGUGA